UCUCGUCACGUGCGCAAUUUUGCAUCGCAAAAGAAUUGUCCCUUGGUACACACCGUACUUCAUCCCACAUCUAGCUAUCUAUGGUUAACAUAGCAAACAACUCGCAGCACUCAGGUUUUGAGCAUUUUUAGCUGCCGACUGUACUCCACAUUUCAACAUGGUUAACGUACAUAAAGGUGUCCUUGUUGAAUGUGAUCCUGCGAUGAAACAGUUCCUCCUCUACCUUGAUGAAAAAAUGGCCUUGGGAAAGAAGUUCAUCCUCAAGGACCUUGACGACACACACCUCUUCAUCCUGGCAGAGGUGGUCCAGACUCUCCAGGAGAGAGUUGGCGAGUUAAUGGACCAGAAUUCAUUCCCCAUCACGCAGAAGUAACAUUCAACUUUUUCAGGAAAACGUAUAUUCGCGGACUGUUUAAGAGUUUGUCAUUACAUGGACAUGUUUUGCAAUGUUUUGACUGCAGGCUGAAAUGGAGCGUGGCAAUGCAUUGUAUUUUUUUUUGUUACAUUGAUAUGAAAAGAAAAACCUUUUAAGUUAAAAAAUAAAAUUGUGUUGGCGUAA